CCACCUCCGCCUCCUCCCCCAACGAUGGCUUCCGCCGCCAUGGCCGCCUCUACCAGAACCUUGCUCCGUCCGCACCGCCUGCUCCUCCUCCCCGACCCCCGCCGCCGCCGCCUCUCCGCCACUGCCGCGGCUUCCGCAAACGCCGUAGCCACGACCGUCCGCCGCAGCGUGGUGGACGUUCUCCGGGAGCGCGGGCUCCUGGAGGCUACCACAUCCGAGACUCUCGGUUCGUCGGCCACCGGGGAGCAUCAGCUCCUCAAGGCCUACUGCGGCUUCGACCCCACGGCUGAGAGCCUGCACCUCGGCAACCUCAUCGGUCUCGUGGCUCUCUCCUGGUUCCGCCGCUGCGGCCACACCGCUGUCGCGCUCGUCGGCGGCGCCACCGGCCGCGUAGGAGAUCCCUCCGGAAAGAGCGCCGAGCGCCCUGAUCUCGACCUCGCCGCCGUCAUCGCCAACUCCGACGCAAUCAAGGCCCUCGUCGCUCAGAUCCUCGGCCGCGCUCCCGUGUCAUCUCAUCAUGCUCAAUCCGGUAAAAGCGCAAUCUUGGACCAAAAUGAGCAUGCUCUCGCCAGUUCCGGCCAGGGUUUACCAGAUAAUCUGGACAAUGUAGGCGAAAAUAUUGGUUCCUUUGUGAUCUUGGACAACUACGACUGGUGGAAGGACAUCACACUGCUUGAUUUCCUCAGGGAGGUGGGCAAAUAUGCGCGUGUUGGGACGAUGAUUGCCAAGGAGAGUGUGAAGAAGCGGCUCAAUUCAGAGGAAGGCAUGAGCUACACUGAGUUCACCUACCAGCUUCUCCAGGGCUACGACUUCUUGUACAUGUUCAAGAACAUGGGUGUCAAUGUGCAGAUUGGGGGUAGCGAUCAGUGGGGAAACAUCACCGCAGGAACCGACUUGAUUCGCAAAAUUCUCCAGGUCGAGGGGGCGCAUGGUCUGACAUUCCCACUCUUGCUGAAGAGCGAUGGGACGAAGUUUGGGAAGUCAGAGGAUGGGGCAAUUUGGCUCUCAUCAAAGAUGCUCUCCCCGUACAAGUUCUACCAGUACUUCUACUCAGUGCCGGAUGUUGACGUCGUAAGGUUUAUGAAAAUCCUGACAUUCGUGAGCUUGGAUGAGAUUCAGGAGCUGGAGGAGUCGAUGAAGAAGCCUGGCUAUGUGCCAAACACGGUUCAAAGGAGGCUUGCAGAAGAGGUGACACGCUUCGUCCAUGGCGAGGAGGGAUUGCAGGAGGCCCUGAAGGCAACCGAGGCCUUGCGGCCUGGGGCGCAGACAGAACUGGACUCGCAAACAAUUGAGGGGAUAGCAGAUGGUGUACCCUCAUGCUCUUUGUCAUACGACCAAGUACUGAAGUCUCCCCUUGUUGAUCUUGCUGCCUCCACAGGUUUGCUCGCUAGCAAGUCAGCGGUUAAGCGGCUUAUUAAGCAAGGUGGUCUCUACUUAAAUAACACCAAGAUUGAUAGCGAGGAUAAGUUGAUCGAGGAAAGUGAUAUAGUUGACGGGAAGGUGCUGCUGCUAUCUGCUGGAAAGAAGAACAAGAUGGUCGUGCGUAUAUCUUGAUUGUUCUAACUUGUUUGUGGUUCUUCAUAUUUUCUUUGACAAGGACAUGAGCCCUGUAUUCAGAUUAGCUGUCGGCGAACAUACAAAUUGCUUUACUGGAAAAUGCUAUACCAAUUUUUUUGUUACCUUAUCCUUUUA